AUGUUCUGCAAGUGUGGAGCGUUGAUAUUCUUUCCAACGCUAGUUAGCGAAGAAAUACGCUGCAGACGAUGCAACUCAUGCUUUAAAUAUACAAACAUUUUUGUGAUUUCCGUUGCUAAGGAGCUUACAAGACAGGACGAGCAUGAGGAUGUCCAAGUUAGAGGAGCGAGGAUAAGUCUUUCUUGUCCAAAGUGCAAUAGACCAGAAAUGAUGUACAGCACCGCACAGUUGAGAUCUGCAGAUGAGGGACAGACGGUAUUCUACUCCUGUGAGGGCUGUGGAUACAAAGAGACCAUCCAAUCGUAA